AUGACAAGUUUUGUUCUCAAUGAUGAUGUGGGAAAUUAUAAUAAGAGUAAUGAAGAGGAUGAUGUUUGUAAUGAAGAAGAUGAUGAAGUCGAUGAUGUGAAUGGUGAAGAUGAAGAUAAGGAAGAAGAAUUUUCGAUGACCUGCUAUUUGCGGCAAGUCUGGACUGAUUCGCGCCUGGCAUAUAAAGACUACAACAAAAGCAUAACACUGAACUACAACCAAUUCGAUCGACUCUGGAUACCUGACCUCUUCAUUAGGAACCUGAAGUCUGGUCGUCUGCACGCCAUCACGCUUCCAAACAGACUCAUCAGAUUAUCACCAGAUGGCACGGUGCUGUACAGCCAGAGAUUGUCAAUGACAUUAGUUUGUAACAUGGUGCUGGAUAGGUACCCUAUGGACAACCAAACGUGUUUCAUUGAGUUUGGAAGCUAUGCCUAUACGACUGAUGAUUUAAUCUUCAACUGGCGCAUCAACCAGUCAGCAGUCGAGAUGCCUGAGACGGUCAGUCUGCCAGAAUAUAACAUCGUAAAAGUGACCAGCAUCGUUUGCAGCACCAACUUCAACAGCACAGGAUCGUUCCCAUGUUUAAAAGCCAACUUUCAUUUGAAUCGUCGUUUGAGAGCUUACAUGCUGACCACCUACCUGCCGAGUUUCCUGGUGGUCCUCCUGUCAUGGCUCUCCUUCUGGAUCGAUCCCGAGUCCACCCCCGCCAGAACCUCCCUCAGCAUACUCACCAUCUUAACGGUGACCACACAAAGUUCCUCUUUGAUGCGCAACACGCCAACUGGCUCGUUCACGAAGGCCAUUGAUGUCUGGAUGGCUACGUGUCUCGUCUUCGUCUUCGCUGCGUUCAUCGAGUACAGCAUCGUGAACACGUUGAGCAGGAAGAAGAAGAAGAUCCUGUCUAGCAACACAGUAGAACCAGUUAAAGAUGUAAAUUCAACGUUGGAACAAUCGGCAAAGAACGUUUUAAAAUCUGGAAGCGACCAUGCAAUCAUCAAAAACAAAAGUUUCAGCAAUGGAAUUGAGCAUGUCAGCAGAACUCCGGCCGAUAUGUUCCAGACCAAAAGCACAAAAGACAAUCUUUUUGGAUCAGGCUGGACCAAAGUGAAACAAUACCUGCAAGGGCACUACAAUGAUGAGCCCGCUGUCUUCGUCGAAUUAAUCUCAAGAAUUUUUUUUCCAUCUCUGUUUUUUAUUUUCAACAUCGUCUACUGGCCGUUUUAUUUAACAAGAUCUUCCACUUGAGAGCUUUGAGUCAAAGUGAAUCGUUAGGAAUUGAAAUCAGUAUAAAUGAAUAAAAAUUUCAAUAUUUGAGCGAGGAGUGAACUAGUUCUGUAUAUUAAUAUUGAUAUUUAAUUACUCUACAAACUUCAACUUUGUAAACAUUUUCUUAAAUGUUGUAUCGCAUGUAUUACAUUUUUAUAUUUAUAUAAAAUUCGUAGUUAUUUUGGCAUUGUUCAUUCGUUUAACGCGUAUUUAGACACCCUCAACAAGCUGUGCUUACAGCCUUGCAGUGCUUCUAUGGAGUUAUGACUUCUUACGUACUCGUGAAACAACUUCCUUAAUGUGUACUUAUGUAAUUACUAAUUAAUGUUAUUUUGUGCUUCGUAUUGUUGCUUUACUUUUCUGCACAAGAUGUUCAUUUGUGUGGUUUGAUUGCAAUGUACCAAUUCAUAAAUGAUGUGGCAUCAUCAUGUGUCAUGAACAUCGAAAAAAUUGUGUAUCAUUGUUAUUAUUAUUAUCAUUGUUGUUACUGUUGUUGUUUUUGUUAAUUUGAAUACAUUAUUAUGAAUAUAUA